ACUUUAGAUCAUGAGGUAUGGAUAAAGCAAAUCUGUUAUGCUAAAGGAUAUUAGAUAGGGAUGCACAUUCGUAUGUGUCAUGUUAGUAUUCUUUUCUUUGGUCUGCCAUGGUAGUCUUUUCUUGAGGCAGCAUUUGUAUGCAUGGUCUGUUUUUCUUCAGUGUAUAGGUCUAGGUCUCAAUCUAGCCAUGAGGAAAAAGUAGGAGGCGCAGUCCAUAUCCUUGAGAAUCAUGUUGAAAUUUGCAAGAGAGCUGAGAGAGGGAUGGCUCAUCACCCAUCAGUGCCGUACUGAAGUGGCCUUUCUUAGCAAUCUCCAUCCGAAGAUCUAAUGAAGAUCCAAAUUUCAAUCUUUACCUAUUGGGAAGACACCUAGCUAGCCUACAUGUCCAGAUAUGCUCCAUGUAAACCUUGGCAUGAUUGCAAGCAUGGAGAAAGGUAUGUCAAGAAUCUCUUCAAUCCCCCAGAUGGUUUUAUUUGUUGGCCCAUUAUGUAUCAUUUAGAUUUCCAAAUAUCUUGUAGAAAUGACCCAUAAGGAUUGUGAAUCAAUUUCUUCGGACAGU